UAUUGCCAAACAUCACUAUAUAACACAAAAAAGAAUUCACAACAAUCAAGACUGCAAUGGGUGGUGAAGUUGAGAUCAGAGAGCAAAAAAAACCCAAGUUCUUGUGCCUUCAUGGCUUCAGAACCAGUGGUCAUAUACUCAAAACUCAGCUUCAUAAAUGGCCUGAAUUUGUUCUCGAAAAACUUGAUUUGGUAUUCCCAGAUGCCCCUUAUCCCGGUGCUGGCAAAUCUGGUGUUGAAGGGAUCUUUGACCCUCCUUACUAUGAGUGGUACCAAGCUAGCAAGGAAUUCACAGAGUACACCAAUUUUAAUGAGUGUCUUGAGUAUAUACAAGAAUUUAUGAUCAAGCAUGGACCUUUUGAUGGCCUACUUGGUUUUUCCCAGGGAGCCAUUUUAUCAGCUGCACUGCCUGGUUUGCAAGCCAAGGGUUUGGCUCUCACAAAAGUACCAAAAAUAAAGUUUCUAAUUAUAAUCAGUGGUGCUAAGUUGAAGAAUGAAACUUUUUCUAAGAAGGCAUUCGCGGAUACAAUUGCUCUCCCGUCUCUGCAUAUUUUAGGCGAUACAGACUUUCUGAAACCACACGGGAUUACACUCCUGGACUCGUUUGUCGAUCCUGUAGUAAUUAAUCAUCCGAAGGGGCAUACAAUACCAAGACUUGAUGAAAAGAAUUUGGAGUUGAUGCUUGGUUUCCUUGAGAAGAUACAAAAGGAACUUACCGACCAGGAAGCUCAAGAAGAAAAGUGUUCAGAGAAUGCUCUUGAAAAUAAUUAAAGAUAACAUUGAGCUUAAUCUGAAAGCUUGUCUGUAUGAGUCCGGAACUUAUAUAUUUAUAUAUGUUUCUCAGCUGAUGUCAACAAUAAUGGGUUAAUCUGUGCUAUGAAUAAGCAGCAGCCUAUGAUAAGUGAAUGUAUUUAAUUUUUAGCUGCAUUGUUGGAACUGUUUCCAGAAUAAAUUUAUUAGUUAAAUUAAUGGGAGCAAUCUGUCUUGAUUUAUUGUUUA